AUGCCCUCCACAACAACCCCCUCCCCCACCUCCCUCCUCUUCCUCAUAACGUACAACAUCCUCUACUACACCCUCUACCUAAUCCUCUUCGCCUUCCUCGUCGUCACGCCCAUCGACCUCAUCCAACAAGGCGUGCACCACCGUCGAAACUAUGACAUACUCGUCGUCACCGUCGUCUACAUCACUACUAUCCUGGUAGUUGCCUUCAUCUAUGCGUCGCGUUUGUACAUCAGUCGCUCGGUGCUGGCGUCCAUCCCGAAGGCGUGGGUGCCUGUGGAAAAGGGGGAUGUACCGCCUGAUGUGAGGAGGAUGAUUGCGGAGGGGUUGGGGAAGAGUGCGGGUGUUGCUUGGGAGGCGAGGCCGAGGGUGCUGGUGCCUGCGGCCGCGGCAGCGGUGGGGGCACCAACGGGUGCGCUUUCAGCACCGGCGCAUGAGGCGGCGAAAGAAGCCGGGCAUAGCAACGGUGGUGAUGGUGAUGGGGCGGUGGUUACGCUACAGCAGGCCACCCCUAACAAACCACCGGUCUGGGGCAAGAUUGAGCACCCCGGCUGGGCAUCGCCCAUGUCUCUGGACCUACCCAACCUGCAGUACGACACCGUGGUGGCCGAGCUGCCGAACCUGAUCGAGGCCAAGGCUAUCACCCUCGCUCCGCCAGACGCAGACGCACAAUCCCUCCACCCGGAUACGCAGACCGCCGACCCGCCCGCGCUCGACCCCGACGCCGUCGCUCUGUUGCAGCGGCCCGAGUUCAUGGACCUACGCGAAUAUCUGGGGUUCCUUACCGAGCUGGCCGUGCUAGCGCCGUUGCCGGCCACAUCCGAGUUCUUGGUGCAGUACGAGGCCGCGCGUUACGCGGGCCGGCCGUUGUCGGAAGCGCAGUUUCGGGGGUUGAUGCAUUUGUUUGCGGAUGUGCUGCACAACAUGCACCCGCUCAGUCCGGCUGCGCUGGCGAGAUACGCUGGGGGUGAUGACUACGAUGAUGAACUUCCACCAUCAGAAAGCGACAUCGACAACGACGCGCCACGCGGAACAAGCCCAUCCAGCAUGGGCACCCACCACGAUCCCACAAGCACAAACAGCAGCACAGACGCCGACGGCACCAGCCAGCGACACCGACCAUGGUCACACCACCACCACCACCACCCCAUCCGUCCAGGCCUCAGCAAACGCACAUCGUCAGGGACCACAUCCAACUGGCAGUUCCGCACGGCACCGACGACGCCCAAGAGCCGGCACACGGCUUUCUCGGUGCGCACGUCUAGUUCGGUGGAGAGUUUUGCGCACACGAGGCGGCCGUAUCCGGAGAGUUUUCCGCGGUCGGUGAGUAGUGGGAGUGGGAGUGGGAGCGGUUCUGGUUCGGUGAUUCGGUUGGCGAACCGGGAGGACGCGACGGAUUUACCGUAUGUGUUGACGUACACCUCUCCGGGUCCGUGA